AAAAACUUAGCCCAUUUGGCGUCCAUUUCCUUCCCUGGAGUCGCCGGCGGGCGUGGAGGCGGCGGCGAUGCUGCGGUCGGCGCUUCGGCGGGGAGGGGCGGCCGCGCGGCAGGUCGCGUGGGAGGGGGGAGCCUCGCCGAGGGACCUCCUCCGGAUGCGCGUGGCGGAGCGGGAGCGCUUGAGGCGGCGGCGGCGCGACCCGGGGCGCGACGAGUUCUUCGUGCCGACGCCGGAGUCGCUGGCGUGGCUCGACUCGGCCUCACUCCCCAUGGUGCUGACCGCGGCCGCCGUGGCCCUCUUCACCAAGCUCCUCAUGAUGGAACAUGAAUCUACAGAUCAAGAAAGGAGAGAGCGCAAGAUAAAGAAUAGCCACCCUGAUCAAGGAAAAGUAAGGAUGCUGAGUCGUGAAGAAUGGGAAGAGGUUCAAGAAGUCAGGCCAAGGACCCCUUUUGAAUCAAAAUUAGCUCGUCCGCAUGCUUGUAUAAGAACUGGGGAACCAGUGCGACUGGAGGAUGUCAAGGAUUGGGCUACUGAUGUAAUAACAGAUGCUUUUACCAGAGUGGAAGAAAGUACCAAGGGAAAAUGAUUCAGAAGAAACAGCCAGUUCAUAUGCUUUAAGGUCUCCCUGAAUGCAUAGUUGACAAGGGUUUUAAAAAAAGUUCUACUUCCUGUAAAUGGUAACCUUUCUUAUGCAUUAUUGUGGCCAUGUUGUAGAAUAAUAUUCUCGCUUGCUUUCGCCCCUGCUCUGCUCAUCUGCUGGUCUACACAAGCAGGCCGGGCUGUGAUGUGACGGUGAGACAGUGCCAGUAAUAAGUCCGAUUUAACUUAUGGC